UUCAUAUCAGUUUUGUUUCAGGUGGAAGCACCACAUUAAAAUCAGAACACACCUACUCUCUAGUGUUCAUCAUAAUAUUAAAAUCAACCACACUAAUCUUCUUGUUUCUUAAAUCACAAUUCAUCAAAGAUGAUGCAGAUCAGUUCCACAAUCCCAGCACACAACCUCCACAUGUUCCAAUCAAGACGCUCCAGCUUCACUUGCCGAUCCUCACCCUUGAACCCAGCACCAACAACAACCUCUUCUUCUAUCAAAUCCAUUACCUCCACUGCUGAAAACACCCAGUUACACCUCGCCAACCUCGACAAACUUCUCCAGAAACAAUCACAACCACAAUCAUCCACUCAAAUGGAUCAGCAACAGCAACAAAUCCAUAUCAACGAAGCUAAAACAGCAACCACAACAGUAGAAAGGAAAGGGAAGAAUAUUCUGGAAGGUCUCAAUUUAGCCACGCUGUGGUCGGAUGUGAAGGCAACCGAGGAAAUGUCGCCGCGCCACCUCAACCGUCUCCAGCGCCUACUCUCCAUGACGGCGGAGUACUCCCCGCGCAACGCUUUGGGUAGCCGCUGGAGGGACUACCACGGUGCCAAUGAUUGGAAAGGGAUGCUAGACCCACUUGACGAGAAUCUCCGCAGGGAGGUAGUGCGCUAUGGCGAGUUUGUCCAGGCUGCCUACCACUGCUUCCACUCUAAUCCCGCCACAUCACCGGAAGACUCUCCACUUCACCGCCACGUGGUGCUCUCCGAUCGGUCAUACAAGGUCACCAAGAGCUUGUAUGCUACGUCAUCGGUUGGGCUACCCGGGUGGGUUGACGACGCCGCUCCAGAUCUCGGGUGGAUGACGCAACGGUCGAGUUGGAUCGGGUAUGUAGCCGUGUGCGAUGACAAGAGGGAGAUUUCACGCCUUGGGAGGAGGGAUAUUGUCAUCUCUCUUCGUGGAACUGCCACAUGUCUUGAAUGGGCCGAGAACAUGAGGGCCCAACUAAUUGACAUGGAGCCCGAGGAAGCCACGAAACCACAAGGAAAAGCAAAGCCUAAAGUAGAGUGCGGGUUCUUGAGCUUGUAUAAAACACGUGGCGCUCACGUGUCGAGCCUUGCAGAGUCUGUUAUUGAAGAGGUGAAACGGUUAAUGGAAGUUUACGCGGGUGAGACAUUAAGCAUAACUGUCACAGGACACAGCCUGGGCGCGGCGCUAGCGUUGUUGGUGGCUGAUGACAUCAGCACUUGCGCCCCAGAAGUGCCGCCAGUGGCUGUUUUUUCAUACGGUGGACCCAAGGUAGGCAACAAGGCCUACUGUGACAAAUUAACGGCUCAAAACGUAAAAGUGUUGCGGAUAGUGAACUCACAAGACGUGAUAACUAGAGUCCCGGGCAUGUUUGUGAGUGAGGAGGUUGAGCAGAAAUUAAGGAGCUCAAAGAUUGGUGGAGUACUUGACAUGUUGGAUGAGCACACACCACUCGGCUACUCCCACGUGGGAGAGGAGCUACGUGUCGACACGAAGAUGUCACCGUACCUUAAGUCAAAUGCUGACAUGGCAUGUUGUCAUGACUUGGAAGCUUAUCUUCACUUGGUGGAUGGGUUUUUGGCUUCCAAUUGUCCUUUUAGAGCCAAUGCUAAGAGAAGCUUGGCGAGAUUAGUGCAGGAUCAAGGUGCUAAUGUGAAGAAAUUGUAUACUAGCAAGGCUAAGGCUUUAAGCGUGAAUCUUGAAAGACGAGGAUCAUUGUCCAUGCCUAGUUGUUUACCUAGUCCAUCUUAAGUGAUUGAGACUCAUAGGUGAAUACAAACAAUAUGUUUGUUUUUCUCCGUUUGUAAUUAUUAACACAAACGUGAUUUCACAUGUUUCAUGUAUAAAUGAGAAACUAGGAUUGUUAUUUUUUGUGGUGUUGAGGUUAAUACGAUCAAAUUUGAAUAUAUUCACUUACUUAUUUCUACA